AUGUCUAAUGAAGACCCGGAGCGGACUUUCCACGUUGACCGCGAUCGCCGCCCCUCUCCGGCCCGUGACCCAAGUUGCGCUUUCAGUUACACUUUCAAUUAUAUACCACCCACAUUGUCAUGGCAGAUAGAGAAUGAUGACCUGUUGGCUGGCCGGGUGACUGGCCGGGGGUUUGGAUUCGGGGUUCACUACGACGAGUCUCGUGUGUCCACUCAGGAGCUGGUGGCGGCUGUGGAGGAUGCAGGGUUUGAGGGGGGCUUGGUCAGUGUACGACACCCCAAGCAGCAACUGGAGGUCCUCCGUAUGCGUGUCACAGGUAUGGUAUGUGCCGCCUGCUCCAAUGCCGUCGAGAACGCGCUGCUCAGCCAGCCGGGAGUGAACAAGGCGGCAGUGGCACUGGCGUCGGGGGAGGUGGAGGUGCAGUUCGACUCGGCGGCGGUCAUGGCGGAGGCCCUGUUGUCAGCUGUGGAGGACGCGGGCUUCGAAGCGACCUUGCUGUCUCAGGGGGGCCUGGAGACCCUCAUGCUGCGGGUGUACGGCAUGACGACCACUGCUUGCGCCACUGCCGUAGAGGCGGCGUUGCGGCGGGUCCCUGGUGUGGCACGUGCGGGGGUACGGCUGGCGGAGGGGCUGGUGGACGUGUGGUACGACCCCAACACCACCGGGCCCCGGGACCUUAUCGGCGCCGUCGAGGCGUGCGACGGCGGUGCCGCCGUCGGUGGCGGGACGCCGCCUUCGCAGCCGUUGACCGCCGAGCUGGUACGGUCCGUAUCGCCGUGGGGGUCCCCUUCUGGCGCCGGUGUCGGCGGCAGCAAUGGUGGCGGCGUCGCGAAGGGCUGGCCGGGUGGUGGUGGCGGCGGCGGCAGCGCUGCGAGUGCUGCGGACCGGGAGUUGCGCUACUGGUGGGGGCUGUUCUCCACCAGCCUCUUCUUCACAGUGCCCGUGUUCCUUGUGGCGAUGGUGCUGCCCAUGUUGCCGGGCUCCGAGCCCUUCAUGUCCACCCCCAUUCUUGGCUUCCCCUGCAACCAGCUAGUCAAGUGGGCCCUGGCCACCCCCGUGCAGUUCAUCGUGGGGUGGAGGUUCCACAGGGGGGCGAUAAAGGCCCUCCGUCGCGGUACGGCCAACAUGGAUGUGCUGGUGUCCCUGGGCACGAAUGCCUCCUACGCCUACAGCGUCAUUUCCAUACUCUUCCACCACUUCACUAAACACCGUUUGGAGGGCAGUUACGAGAUGUCGGCGGACAUGGCCGCGGCCGGGCCCCCGGGGUCCUCCCCCGCGGCCCCGGGGCCGGCUGGGGCCCCCCAGCCCAUGGCAUACGUGCCCACGGACUUCUUCGAGACGUCCGCCAUGCUCAUCACCUUCAUCCUGCUGGGGAAGUACCUGGAGGCGGCGGCGAAGGGCCGCACCUCCGCUGCCCUAGCUGCCCUGGCGGCCCUGGUCCCGGACACGGCCACUCUGGUGGUCCUGGAUGAGGCCACCGGGGCGGUGCUGGACUCCAGGGAGGUGCCCAGUGCCCUCAUACACAGGGGGGAUGUGCUGAGGGUCGUCCCUGGCUCCAAGGUCCCCACCGACGGUGUCAUCCACGAGGGGCAGUCCUACCUGAAUGAGGCCAUGGUGACGGGGGAGUCCGCACCCAAGUGGAAGCGACCGGGGGAAGUGGUGAUCGGGGGCACCAUCAACACAUCCAACCCGCUGCUGGUGCGGGCCACGAGGGUUGGCUCCGAGACCGUGCUGAGUCAGAUUGUGCGGCUGGUGGAACAUGCUCAAAUGACCAAGGCACCGGUGCAGGCCUUUGCCGACCGCGUGGCCGGUGUCUUCGUGCCGGUGGUGAUUGCCGCCGCCCUUCUGACGUGGCUGGGGUGGUACGUGGCGGGCCUUACGGGCGCCUUCCCCGCCUCCUGGCUGCCCGAGGGACACACGCCGUUCCUGUUCGCACUGCUGUUCGGCAUUGCGGUGCUGGUGAUCGCGUGCCCUUGCGCCCUGGGCCUGGCCACCCCGACUGCGGUGAUGGUGGGCACGGGGCUGGCGGCGCAAAUGGGCAUACUGAUCAAGGGCGCGGAUGCGCUUGAGGCUGCCAGCAAGGUCGAUGUGGUGGUGUUUGACAAGACUGGGACACUCACACGGGGCAGGCCCACAGUCACCGACUGCCGGUUGUUCGAGUGCACGGCGGGGGAAGGUGCGGGUACCGGCAGCUGCUGGCCGGGUCUGGGAGCCCCCCUGGACCUAGCCACCCUGUGUCGCUGUGUGGGGGCGGCGGAGAGCUCUUCGGAGCAUCCUCUGGCGAGAGCUAUACUGGACUUUUGCAGGGUCCACCUGUUGAUGGCCCAACACGGGGCUACCACCCGAGAUACCGCAGCUGCGGCUGCGGCCAUGUCCACAGCGACUGAGUUGGUGGAUGUGCCUGCGGCUGCGGAGGCGUUUGUGGGGCCUAUGGAGAGUUGUGGGCACACGGUGGUGCACGUGGCGGUGAACGGGGUGCUGGCGGGGGUGCUGGCGGUGGCGGACCCGCUGAAGGCGGAGGCGGCGGGGGUAGUGGCCGCGCUGCGGGGGCGAGGUGUGCAGGUGGUGAUGCUCACGGGCGAUAACUGGAGGACGGCGAGAGCAUUGGCGGGGCAGUUGGGAGUGGACACGGUUCACGCAGAGACGCUGCCAAAGACCAAGGCGCUGAAGAUUCGCGAGUUGCAGUCCGGUGGCAAGGUGGUUGCGAUGGUGGGUGACGGCAUCAACGACUCCCCGGCACUGGCCGCUGCGGAUGUGGGUCUGGCCAUUGGCAGCGGCACCGACAUCGCCAUUGAGGCGGCGGACUACGUGUUGAUGCGGGAUGACCUGGAGGAAUCCGCAUCGGCUGUGUGUGGUGGUGGUGGGCAAAUGCAUUUACAGCUGCAGCGCGCGGCGGUGGAGAUGACGCGGCCUGCUGUGCUUCGGUCCGCGGACGUGAAUUUGAACUCUCAGGACUGGGGGGGUGCCCAAACAAAACUACGUGGUGUGGCCAAUCCUGGCGUCACCACAAUCCGCAUCGUGAUACCGGUGGGGUGUUGGCCGUUGACAUGGACGCUGAGGGGGAAGACUUUCUUUUGGGGGGUAGCGCCUGUUAGCGGUGGCCAUGAUGGCUAUGAUGAUGGCGCUGGAGGUGAAAACGGUCUGUUAAAACAAAGGCAUCGAGACCACCUCGCUGCCCAAGGAAGCCGCCGUUGGACGGCACCACAACAGCAGCAGCGCGUUACCGCCACUUCCGCCACCAGCGGCAACGGCAGCGGCGGCGGCGGCGCCUCCUUUGCACCCUUUUAG